ACUAGUCUUAACAAAAUGGCGUCUGUUGUUGUUUUGCUGCAGGGUCACUGAAGAUAUCUGUUUUGCAUUUCGACCAUUUUCUGCAGCAACCUGCAGCCUGCGAGGCGUGGACUGAAAUGAAAGGCAAAGAGCGAUCGCCGGUUAAAAAACGCUCCCGGGCCUUGGAUGAUAUUCGAGACAGGGCAGGAUGCCACCCGAGCGGUAAGAAAAUGGGGGCUCUGUCCGUCUCCGGUGGAAGUAAUAAUGGGAAUAACUCGACCAAAGGCGACGGUGGUUCGACGAGGAGGGGUCUGCUCGGCGAGAAAAGGGACAGGGACUUUGACAGCCACAGCCGUGCUGGAAAUAACCACAGUGUGCAGACUGCGGCGAGCACCGUGGGUAAGAACCACAGCCUGAGCCUGUCGCUGGAUUUAGCCUCGACACGGACCACGUCCCGCGGGGAGCAGCGAGUGCUGCCGCCGGGCACUGACAGUGAGUACAAGACUCUUAAGAUCAGCGAGCUGGGCUCCCAGCUGAGUGACGAGGACAUAGAGGACGGGUUGUUUCAUGAGUUUAAGAAAUUCGGGGACGUCAGCGUGAAGAUUGGCCGAAGCAAUGACGAGCGAAUAGCGUUCGUGAAUUUCCGGAAGCCGGAGGACGCGAGAGCCGCCAAACACGCCCGGGGCCGACUCGUGCUGUACGACCGGCCGCUGAAAAUAGAAGCGGUGCACAUGACCAGGAGGCGAAGCCGCUCUCCUGUGGACAGAGACUUGUAUGGAGCGGCUCAGAGCCACAGACACUUGCAGAGACCCCUCUCGCCCACCGGGCUGGGCUACAGGGACUACCGGCUCCAGCAGCUGGCGCUGGGCCGCCUCCCUCCACCGCCACCGCUCCCCAGAGAACUGGAGCGGGACAGGGACUUCGCCCUGUUCGAGGCCCGGACACGACCCGCUUUCAUUGCGGAGAGAGCCACUUUUCGGGAGGAGGAUUACAUAUCUCCAGAAGACGACCAAAGAGCCAACAGGACGUUGUUUUUAGGCAACCUGGAUAUAAACGUGACGGACACGGACCUGAGGAGGGCGUUUGACAGAUUUGGGGUCAUCACUGAGGUGGACAUUAAACGCCCCACGAGAGGUCAAACCAGCACCUACGGGUUUCUCAAGUUUGAGAACCUCGACAUGGCUCAUCGCGCCAAGCUGACUAUGUCUGGAAAGCCUGUGGGCCGCAACCUGAUCAAGAUUGGAUAUGGCAAGGCAACGCCAAGCACCCGCCUGUGGGUGGGUGGACUCGGGCCCUGGGUCCCGCUUGCUGCCCUGGCGAGAGAAUUUGAUCGCUUUGGAACUAUUCGGACGAUAGACUACAGAAAAGGGGACACUUGGGCAUACAUUCAGUACGAGAGUUUGGACGCAUCGCAAGCGGCAUGUACACACAUGCGGGGGUUCCCGCUGGGGGGCGCAGAGCGAAGACUGAGGGUAGACUUUGCAGACACGGAGCACCGCUACCAGCAGCAGUUCCUGCAGCCUCUUCCCAUCCCUCCCUUUGACAUGGAGUCUUUCGUCCACCGUGCCACAGCAGAACCUCUAAGGGUCAGAGAUCGGACUCCUCCCCCUCUUCACUUCAGGGACAGAGAACUUUUUCCGGGGGUGGACUGGCUAAACCCUGUUCUUCGAGACCGGGUGCGCGCGUCACCUUUUGAGCCUUUGGAGCACUUAGAUCGUGAGCGACGGACACGAGAGCCCUGGUCUCUAGAGAGAGAGCUGCAGGGACCCGCACGCAAGCGCCGCCUGCUUGAGGACCACUCCCCUGAUAGUACUGAGAGGACGAUGAGGCGUCGGAUGUCCUCUCCCGAGGGCAGUCCUGGUGGGAGCAGUAGAGACGGGGGACGCUUCAGUGACUCAGAGCGCCCCCUGCGGGGCGAGAGGCCAUCCCCUGCAAGGGAGCGCCACGGCAGCUUGGAGCGUGCCGGGCCUGAACGAAGACUUAAAGACAAGGGGCCUGUAGGCAGCGGCGCUUCAGCAGCAGGAGAGCGCAAACGUAAACUGGGCGACGGCAAAGGUCCCGCCAAGAGAGAGCGCUCGGAGAGCAAGAGCGGCCAGCAGUCCAAGUCAAACGGGUCCAAGCUGAGCCUGACGUGGCAGGGGAUGCUGCUGCUGAAGAACAGCAACUUCCCAGCUAACAUGCACAUGCUGGAGGGAGACCACGCCGUCGCCAGAGACCUCCUCGCCGACACGUCGGGCCGACAAGUCAGCGAGCUGAAGAUCACCCAGCGCCUCCGCCUGGACCAGCCCAAGCUGGACGAGGUGUCGCGACGCAUCAAGGCAGCGGGGCCGGGCGGCUACUCCGUCCUCCUGGCUGUUCCCGGCGCCACCGAGGAGUCGUCCGACCCAGCGCUCUCUACCCAGCGGCCUCUUCGCAACCUUGUGUCCUACCUCAACCAAAAACAAGCAGCAGGGGUCAUCAGCCUGCCUGUAGGGGGCGGGCGAGAUAAAGACAACGCGGGGGUCCUCCAUGCUUUUCCUCCCUGUGAUUUCUCCAAGCAGUUCCUGGAUUUUUCUGCUAUCGCUCUGGCCAAGAACGAAGAAGACUACCUGGUCAUGAUUGUGGUGCGCGGAGCAUCCUAAACACCAAUGUAAACAAGUGCUGUACGUCAGUUACUAUUGCAUGCUGUGUGUUCCGGGCCACGCCGGAGUGUUCGUACGUUCAUGCACUAAAACCACGGAGGGGUUCCUUAAAACCUGCAGUUGGUAGUCCGAAACCACGAGGAGAAAUGAAAGAGGUCCGAGGUUUUGUUCGCUCGCUUGUCAGCACUCUGUCCUGAAAGUGUUAAAACUGUACUUUAAUAUUAUCGAAAAUAAGUGUUGAAAUGACAGUGAGAAUCAGCUGCACGUCUGAAAUGAAAUAACCAAAGUUACCAAGUCAAAGUUACCAAGCACAAGGAAGUCACAAAUACUAAAAACCGCUUUGAUCUUUACUUGGAUUUGACAAGUCGAUGUUUCAGAAUUCAGUGAAAACAUGGCACAUGAUGUGGGGGUUUUCAUGCGGAAAUGUUCCUGUGCAUCUCCAGUGCACCAGCUUGUGUUUUACAGUCUGCUGAAGAGAAAAAUGAAAUGCUGAAGCCGCGAUAAACAAGGUUAAACGCUCGGGCUGAACAUCCUUCGGGUUUUUAGAGCGUUUUAUUUAAUGUUAAAUGACGGGGUGCUAAGGAUCAGAGAGGCUUGUGGUUUGAUGGAAUAUUCUGUAGCAGAAGAGACGCGUACUAACUUGUUUAAAACAAUUUUAUUUUCAAGCUGAAACAUUUAUUUUUGUUCAUCUCGUGCUCUGACUUGACCAGUGAAAGAGUAUUGAUAAUCUAUGAGUCGGUCUCUCAAGUGUUGCGGAGGUUGUGGAAGAACCUAUGUUUGUUUCAACCCUCGCUGAAUUGUCCAAAAAGUGUAAAGAGAUUAUUAAUAUGUUGGAAAUAUAUGUGUGUGUGAUCGUCGACGUCAGCGUGGGACUCGAAGAGGAGACGCAAGCCCUCAGCAGACAAGUGUUUGUGAGCAGGUUGUGUCACGCACCUGUGCUGAAAAAAAAAGAAAAGAAAAAAGAGGAGCUUGAUCAAUGUACUCUCUUGGUGAUGUCAUAGGUGGGAACAGGAAGCGCCAUGGUGCCCGCAGAAGUGCUUCUGAGCACUGAAAUGUGACCUAUACUCAAUAAAUUGAUCAUUUGAAGGGAAACCUGUUUCUUCGAUGGAGUUGAAGAGACACGCUGCCGUGUUGUGUUUCGACGGAGUGAGCUAAAUGGGUUAGCGCCAGAGAACAGAACCUUCUUUUCCCCCUGAGAGGAUUUGCGGCAGGUCAGCUAAGUUGUUGGUCCUGUGAUUGUUGCUGCCGUCGCCAUGCUCGGACCCCACCACGCCAGUGUCCUGUUUCUCUUUACACGUUUGCUUUGGGCGGUGAAAGCAGCUGUGGAAUCAUCACCGACUCACACGCUCCGCUGCGGAGACGACUGGUGACGCGUGCUGACCCCUUGACCUUGUGUGACCCGAGGUCUGAGUGAAAUGUUUCGAUCAGAGGAUCAACUUCGACCUCAGCUAGGAAUAUUGUUUGUCCCCGUCUUUGUGCUUCUGCUCAACAAGAAGUGGGAGUCGACAAGUUCCAGCGACACACAAGUGAAACGCCGUCUGUUUUGUGACACACCUGGAAGGAAGAUUCCUCAUGGAUCCAACAGGAGGCCUUGUUUAUUUCUUCUUGUAGAAGAUAUCGGCUGCUUAAGCCAGGAAGAGUGUUGCUGCAUCGUCUUGCUAGUGCAUUCAGGACCAGGAGAAGAGCCGGAGGACGUCACUGCUUCUUCAUCCAGGCCGCCGCCGGUGCAUCAUCUGCUGCUCUGCAAGGUCUGAACCACAGCGGUGAGUACGGAUCAAGGAGCUGCCUGCUACUCUGUAUCAGUGGCUGCAGCAGCUGCGGUGAGUAUGAAGUGUCAACACAAUUCCCUCAUGUGCACCGACCAUCUGAAACAUAAUGCCACAGAUAAAACAUAAUUAGAUUUUUAGAAAAAUAGAUUCAUCAUAUUAUAUGCAGACAAAUGGUGAGGAAAACAACGACAGAAUGGAAAAGCCGAACUGAUGUCACAUAAAAUGUAUUGGUCUGCAGCUGUCAGUACCUGUGAAGUCAUGAGAGGAGCCAGUCGACUUGAGGUUUCCUCACAAGCAUCGUGGAGACUCACCAGUUUUACUGCGGACGAUCAGAGAGGUGGUCAUAAUGUUUGCUCUGAUCAGUGUUUUAAUUUCUAUUGAGAAGAAUCAUGUUUAUUACUGUUUAAAAUGAACAAUGGUGGCCUAAAUAAUCACUUAUUGAUCAGUAAUGGCUCGCACUCAAUAAUCUCACUGGAUUGUGCUAAAAAAAAAAAGAAGACUACUCAAAAACUACUACUUAAAAUAUUGUUAAUUCUGCACAAAAAAAGUUUUUGCUUUACAAACUUAGGAGUUGUCUCAAGUUAACGGCAAAUUUGAGCUUGUAAAUUCAUUUUUGUUAGUUACAGUAGCCUUAUUCUGUUUGUUACAAUCUUAAUAUCCCUCACAUCGGAACAAAAUUCAGCUCAGAUGUCUUCAGGUCUUUGACCUAUGGAGGGUUCUUCGUACGUCAUUGAGAUGGAGGGGAAACAAUAGAACUAUUUGGACUCAAAAUAUAAACAGUAACGCUUGCAUUAAAACCCACAUUGUAAUUUACAGUCGUACUAUGAGGACGAGUAGCAAAUCAAAAGUCAGACUCACUGAUUCCUCGUCUGCUCUUCCACAGGUGACCAGUCACAGCUGGCGUCCUUCACAUGAACAACACCCUCUGUUGACUUUUGGAAUGGCAGAAGCAGUGACCAUGGAGCGACACCCGCCACCCUCCAUCCUCUGGCGCUGGCUCAUGUAAGUCCAAUAAACACAUGCAGUAAGUGACAUGA